UUUAAAAAAUAAAUUGCAUUUUAUGAGAUUUAUUAAUGUCAAAAUAAAUAUAAUAAUCAUAAUAUAACUUUUAAUUUAAAUUUUUGGUUGAAUAUAUAAGUUACGAAUAUUAUUGUUGUUUCAAGAGAUAUUAACUAUAUGUUACCCCCAUCGUGCUAUAACGAACGGAGCAUAGUAUAUGUUUGAAACUACUACGAUUUUAAAUUUGGAAAUUUGAAAUUUCAUUCAUUAAAAUGAGACUUAUAACUCGUAUAAAUUUGUUACCAAAUAUUUCGGUGAUAAGAUCAAGCAUUAUAAGAAAAAGGUCUAACGAUGCUAAGAAUAAGGAAGAGGAGGUAAAGGAAGUAAAAAAAAAUAUAAUUAUAGAAAAAUAUGGAGCCAUAACAACACUAAACAUUGAUCGUCAGAAACUCCGUAAUAGUCUUGACAUACCAACACUUCAAGAGUUAGGCGUCGCGUUAGAUGCAUUUGAUAAAGACACAGAGUCGAAAGUCCUGGUGAUGAAUGGAGAAGGUGGCUCCUUCUGUUCCGGUUUUGACAUUGAUGAAAUUGGAGAUAAGGGAUAUAACGCAUUAAAGGAUGCUGCGUCACGUCUUCUACGGCGCCCCUUGUGUGACAAGCCUACUAUAGCUGCAGUGUCAGGGUAUGCGGUCGCUGAGGGCUUUGAGCUUGCACUGGCAUGUGAUCUGCGUAUCAUAGAAGACACUGCAGUACUUGGAUGUCUUGGCAGGAGGUUUGGUGUGCCCCAAGGUUUGUUUGGGGCUCGGCGUUUGACUUCACUUAUCGGGCUCUCUCGUGCAUUGGAUUUACUUAUGACUGGACGUCUGAUCUCGGGGACUGAGGCACAUCAAGCAGGACUAGCAUGCAAACUUACUACUACUGGCACAGCACUCGGUGAAUCGGUGAAAUUAGCAAAAUCUUUGGUAAAAUUCCCACAAAAUGCAUUGAUAAUGGACAAACUAGCGGCGGUUAAUUCCCAAUUGAAUCCAAACAGCGAAGAGAGUAUGAGAGAUGAAGCAGUCUUCACCAGCCUAUUAGGGAAUGCAAUUGAAGAUAUCAAAGAGGGGGUUAAGAAAUUCCAAGGAGGCAUAGGGAAACAUGGCAAAUUCUACAAAUUAACAGAAGUCCCUCUAAAAGACUGGGAAUUGGAGGAGACCUUGGAAGAAGUCAAGGUGACUAUAGAAGAAAAAAAGAAAAAUGGAAAGUCCUAAACCGAAAUUUACAUACAUAGAUUAAGGUUUUUUGUUCUUUAACGCUAAGCUUGUUUGUGAUUGUUUAUUAGUUAAUACAAAUUACUAGUCUUCAUAUAGUUUUGUAUUAUUAUUUAUUAACAUUAUUGUAUUUAAUAUAGUGUAUUCUAAUAUGAAUACAUAGUAUUUUUAAAUACAUGGUUGAACAUGCAUA